GUAAUGUUGGGCUGCGCACAUAGCAGCGAAGAAGGAAUAGUCUGGAGCUUCUGCCGUGCCGCUUAAAAUUGCCGUUCUGAGAGUUCGUAAACAUGCAGAUCUUUGUAAAGACCCUAACGGGCAAGACUAUCACCCUUGAGGUGGAGUCUUCGGAUACCAUCGACAAUGUGAAGACCAAGAUCCAGGACAAGGAGGGGAUUCCUCCGGAUCAGCAGCGAUUGAUCUUCGCGGGCAAGCAGCUGGAAGAUGGUCGCACUCUUGCCGACUACAACAUUCAAAAGGAGUCUACCUUGCACCUUGUGCUCAGACUUCGUGGAGGAGCGAAGAAGCGCAAAAAAAAAACCUACACCAAGCCCAAGAAGAUCAAACACAAGAAGAAAAAAGUCAAGCUAGCCGUCCUCCAAUAUUACAAGGUUGAUGACAGCGGAAAGGUACAACGCUUGCGUAAGGAGUGCCCUACUCCUGAAUGCGGUGCCGGAACUUUCAUGGCAAACCACUUCGACCGCCACUACUGCGGGAAGUGUGGUUUGACCUACGUAUACCAGAAGGCUGGUGGAGAGUAGGUGUACCAUAAGUUUACAUCGGGGCCUUUGACCUCAUUUAAAUUUUGACUUUAGUAAAGUGACCUUCGGUUGAAGGAUUUGGGUCAAGAACUAGCAAGAUUUUGACGUUGUGCUUCUCGCUAUCGAUGGAAUUGAUUUGUUGCGUUGUAC